GGCCCGCCGCGGGUGUAGGCGCGGGCUGGGAGACUUUUGAGCGGGACGGGCGGAGUCCGGUCGCGGGCAUGCGGCAGUCCGAGCUCGGCGACUCUUGGGAGACUCCAGGCGCAGAGAAACAUGGCACUGCCCACGCUGCCUUCUUACUGGUGCAGUCGGAGGCUCCUGAAUCAGCAGGUCGUGCGCCAGCGCCAGCGAGAGCAGGAGGCCCAGCUUCGGCAGCAGUGGGAACAGAACAAUCGUUAUUUCAAGAUGUCUGACGUCUGCAGCUCCAAACAGGCAGAAUGGAGUUCCAAGACCUCCUACCAGCGGAGCAUGCACGCCUACCAGCGGGAAAAGAUGAAGGAGGAGAAGAGGAAGAGUCUGGAGGCCCGACGUGACAAACUCAGGCAGCUUAUCCUGGAGGAGCAGGACCUGCUGGCCAGGGAGCUGGAGGAGCUGAGGCUGAGCAUGAGCUUGCGGGAAAGAAGAAUCCGGGAGCAGCACAGGAAUCUAAAAUCAGCUCGAGAGGAGCAAAGGAAACUGAUUGCAGAGCAACUUCUGUAUGAACACUGGAAAAAGAACAACUCAAAACUAAGAGAGAUUGAGUCGGACCUUCACAAGAAGCAUGUGAUAAGCUCUUGGGAAACACAGAAAGAAGAGAAGAAACAGCAAGAAGCUGCAGAAGAGGAGGAAAACAAGCGGCAUGAAAAUGAAUAUGAAACAGCCCGAAGGGAAGCGCUGGAGCGGAUGAAAGCGGAGGAGGAGAGGCGGCGGCGGGAGGAUAAGCUGCAGGCCGAGGUGCUGCGCCAGCAGAUGGACGAGCUGAAGCUGAAGGAGAUGGAAGCCAGCAAACUGAAGAAGGAGCAAGAGAAUCUGUUAAGGCAGCAGUGUGAGCUGGAGAGGCUGGAGGAGGAGAGAAGGCAGACGGCGUCCUUCCUGCGCAAGGCAGAGCUGGGGCGCUUUUUGAAACAUCAGUAUAAUGCACAACUUAACAGACGUGCCCAGCAGAUCCAAGAGGAACUGGAGGCAGACAGGCGGAUCCUGCAGGCACUACUGGAGAAGGAAGACGAGGCCCAGCGCGCGCAACUGGCCAAGCGGGAGCAGGCCCUGGCUGAUGCGGCUUGGAUGAAGCAGGUCAUCGAGAAGCAGCUGCAGCUGGAGAGGGCAAGGGAGGAAGAGCUGCAGGUGCUGUUGAGGGAGGAAGCCAAGGAGAUGUGGGAGAAGAGAGAGGCAGAGUGGGCUCGAGAGCGGAUGGCGAGGGACAGACUGAUGAGCGAGGUUCUAACAGGAAGGCAACAACAAAUACGAGAGAAAAUUGAACAGAACCGGCGUGCACAGGAGGAGUCCCUAAAACACAGGGAACAGCUCAUUCAGAGUCUAGAGGAGGCAAGGGAGUCGGCUCGGCGUGCGAAGGAGGAGAGUGAGGAACUAAAGUUGGCCAGGAAGCAGGAGCUGGAAGCCCAGGUUGCAGAGCGCCAGCUGCAGGCCUGGGAAGCAGAGCAGCAGGCCAAGGAGGAAGAGGAGGCGGCCAGGCAGGCAGAGCAGCUCUCCGAUGCCUGGCUGCAGCAGGAGAUGAAGACCAUGACCCAGCAAGGCUACCGGCCCAAGCCUUAUGGACAUCCCAAAGUGGCGUGGAACUGAGCUCAUUGGUGCUAUCAGCACAGGGAAGGGCACCGAGUCUGUCAGUGCGCAGCUGCCAGGCAGCUGUACGGUGCUUGGUUCAGGUUGGGCUUCAGAGCACUGAUGGGUAGUCCAGCCACACUUGCUCAGGUACAUGAGGCCUGGCCAGACAUCGUGGUGCUGGGGGUAUGCCCCACCGAGAUACUUCCUUGCUUUUCUCCUCCAAGACAGGUCUCAACAGGUUCACACAGCGCUGCGGAGUUAAGUCUUAUGUUUAUAAUGUAAGAUCCUAGAAGGAUACUAAGAGCUACCUGCUGUUCUCCAUGACAAGAUAGGUUUCUUCUAACCCGUAACUGUCAACCAUCAAUGAAGACUGAAGACAAAGUUUUCUCUUUUUAAAAUUGCCAUUUACAUUUAAUUAUUGCCUUGAAAACAGAGAUCUUGGUGCAGUUUAUGUUGAGGUUUACUAACUUAGUGGUCCCAAAGGAAGAAAAGUAGUAUGAACUAAUGACCCCUCCCCAACAGUGUGGUGGGCAGUCCCUGGAUGCUUUGUUCAAAGGUGGCGAGAAGCAAGUCUGCCCUUCCUCAGGCAGUGUCUUGCCAGAAUUUCUGUAGAAGGACUGUAGGGUGGGCGGGAGCUCAGUAGUAGAGUGCUUGCCUAGCAGAUGCAAGGCUCAAAACCAUAAGAAAAAAUUUCCAGAGCCUCGUGCUCAAGGGUCCUCACCUGACCAACUAGGCAGGGGCAAGAUACUAGGGAGCUCUA